UGCUUGGUCUCGCGCCUGGGUCUGCCAGCGGCGGCCUUCUACCACCAACCGACUGCCGCUGGUUGACGAGGCCUAGCCAGCCGCCACAGCCGCCAGCCGGUGUCGCCUUGCGCCCGGUCGCCGUCCCGGUGACCUGUGAACCGCGCGGCGAGCCUCGCGGUUAGCGAGCGACGUUGUUGGCGCCGGUCCGCGACUCGACCCCAACAUGGAGGACAACGAGGACGCUCCCGUGAUGGCGGGCACCGUGCCGCGGCAGAAGGUCAGCUCGCGCUGCAAGUCCAUUGACCGGUACGGCGAUUCGGACGUCGACCUUACCCGAAAACGGUCCUUCACCGACGAGUACUUCAAACGCGUGGCUCGAGACCUCAAGUCCAUACCGUGCCUUCUGCUGCUGGGCAACAUCUUCGCCUUCGUGUUCCUCAUCAUCUGGUCCAACAUCACGAAGCACCUCUUCGUUACCCAGAAGCCGGCAGAGAUGACCACGCCCGCGGAGACGAGUCCCCCUCUGAUUCGUUCUAUCCGCGAGAUGCACAUGUGCAACAAACCCCGGUGCGGCGCCAUUGGGCAUGCCAUCAACUACGGCGUCGACGUGGACAUUCUGCCCUGCAAGGACAUCCUGGAGCACGCCUGCGGUCGCUGGAUUAGGGCCGACGAGGAGAUCUACGAGAAGUGGAUGCUUGGCUCGGCGCGGCUCUAUGUCGAGGACAUGUACAGGGACCUGAAACGCUACCUCGAGACCAUGGCCAUCACGGCACCAAUGCGCACGCAGCACAAGGUCUCUGUGCUCUAUCGUAGGUGCCUCUCCGAGAGAAAGGUCGACAACCGCGACCUGCUAAACAAGUUGAUGAGCGGGGUGUACAGCCUGCAGAGCUGGCCCUUCGAAAGCACGCAGUUUGAACCGUUCAACACUCUCCUGGCCGAGUUUCUGCAUCGAACAAGUGAGUCCGCCCUUCUCUCCGUCGGCACGGCGAGGAUGCUGCAGAUCACGCGGGCGAGCAGCAACGCCGCUGACGAUACGAAGAACGACAUCGUCUUGUCCCUGGACUGUCCCACAUUCGCUAUGCCGAGGUACUGGCUCCUUAGCCGAAAUGAUGCCGACAAGAACGACUACACAGCGUUAAUUAUGAACGCAAUCAAAUUGUACAAGAGAAGCGAGAUUCCACUGGCCGCGGUGAAAAACAUUGUCUCUUUCGAAAUUAACAACGCGUACGUGACGAGAAGAUAUUGCCACAGACGGAAGCUGAGAAAAUUCACGUUAAGCCAAUUAAAGGAGAAGGUGAAAAAGUUCCCUUGGCAAGAGUUUCUGCAGGAUGUUGUUGGGAAAGACACUGGAAUCAUUGUUAAUGACAACACUCCAGUGCUCCUAAGAUCAUUUGACUAUAUGAAAUACUUGGCAAGCCUCCGUAACCCGCCGAAGGCAAAACGUGCGUUGAAUUACAUUGGCUGGCGCAUACUGUAUUUCUACGGGCCACUCGCUUUACCUGCACUCAGGGAUAAGAUCUCCGAGUUCCGGUCACAGAAGCUAAAUGAGUCGACCACUCAGGACUGGAAGAAAUGUCUCGUAAUUGCAAACGACGUCAUGCCCAUAGGAAUGGGCCGCGUUUACGUGGAGGCCAUGACCCGCAUGAAGACGCUGUUCGCCGUCCAGGAACUGGUGUCCAAGGUAAUCUUCAGCUUCAAGUACAUGCUCGCGCAGGCCGUCUGGCUGGACCCCGAGGCCAAGAUAAACGCGUCCAACUACCUGAGCAAGAUGAAGACGAUGGUUGGCAUCCCCAAGUGGGUCGCCGACGACAAGAUACUCGACCACUACUAUGGUAACUUGACGUUCGACUUGUCCAAGGACGCCUUCUUCACCAUGUUCGACCUCGCCACCCAGCACUCGGCCAAGUUCCGGUUCCUGCCACUCCUCCAGCAACAGUCGAAUGAGAUGCGUCGCCGCAGUCACUACUGGAGAGGUCAUCUCAGUGCUGACAACCAGACAGCUGCCGCAGACGACGAGCUGCUGAAGGGAAUCAACAUGCGACCCCUGCACUCCUUCAUUUUCCCAGCGCACGUGGUGGACCUUCAUUUGCGCCGCUACAACAUGAGACAAGCUCUCGUGUUCGACGUGAACGAAAACUCCCUCCUCCUGCCCGCGGGACUUCUGCAGCCGCCCUACUUCGACCCCAACGUUCCGCUGGCCAUCAACUAUGGUGGUCUCGGGGUUCUAAUACUGCACGACAUGGUGCGCGAGUUCUUCCGCUUCUUCUUCGACGACACCGAAGCCCGUUGGCGCAAGCGCACCCGGUGCAUCAACAACAGGGUGUUCCGCAAGACGGAGGAGUCCAGUGGCAGCCUGGAUGAGAACCAGGAGCACGAGGUGGUCACCUUCACCAUGAUGACGGUGCGCGCUGCGUACAACGCAUACCACUACGCGCUGGGCACCGACGACGACGACAUCGUGCCCGGCGGCGGCAUCGACUCCAAUCCCGACCAGUUGUUCAUGCUCACCACCGUGCGCACGCUAUGCUCCAUCAUUAGGGACAGGCACUUCGCACUGGUGGAGCUCGGCAAGGACAUGCUUCUCCUGCGUAAAAUUACGGCGGCACUCCAGGGGCUCGACGAACUGCAGGACGCGUUCCGAUGCGGCGGCGAUAAGCGGAACGCCUACUACCACUGCUUGGAGAGCGCGCACCCGACGGAGGAGUAGUCGGCCACCCGCUCACCAACGCUGCAGCCGUGCAGACACCACGAGGGUGCGGCCGCCGAUGCGGCGCUCUCGACGCAAGAGAAGCAUCGUCGCGCCAACCCCCCCCCCCCCCCCUUCCCAAGGAACGUGGCUGGUCCGGCGAGGGCUUCCACGCCCCACCGCACUGAAGAGCAGCGAAAGGUUUCCGCGCAGCUGUGCCAAGCGCCGACGAUGCAAUAUCUGAUGCUCGGUGCAACAUUUCGGUUAAAAGCCUGCCGGUGUGUCACCAUUGUGACACUGGGCGCCGAUGCAGCUGUGAGUGAAGCUGCAAUGAAGCAAACCUUACAGGAAGGUGAAAUCGACCCAGCGCUGUCGUCGCACGCUCACGAGGCAACUUGUUCCGUGGCUCAGCGGAACGGCGGGCUCUUGAAGUGCUGCAUAAACAUUCGUGUGCCGCAAGACCUGAGCAGAGCUGGUGUAUGCACGCCACGACUCCGAACGCCAUUGAAAUGCGCCACGCGGCCAGGCGCUACCGGCAGUGCUGAAGCUUUUGCAGCUGCUCCCAUAUGUGGUAACUUCGAUGCAAGUUUCGCCUACUUCGCAUAAGAAAGAGCAGGCGAAGGACAGUGCUGAAGCGAAAGUUGCACUGGCUCAAGGGGCCUCAACUGGAAAUAGCCCGAACGGAGCGUGGCUCAAAAAUGCAUCGAAGGUGUCAUACAGGUGGCAUGUUUGUUACGGGAGCCAUCCACCUAGCAGCCCGAAACUCCAGUCCUCGGCGCUUGUGGGCCAUUGUUCGUUGCAACCGGCGUCCGUAUUUUAUGCGGAGACAAAAUUGGCACCUAAUUGGUUCACAUUGAAGUAAACUAGCAUAAGACGAAGCAUUAAAUUUUUCAUGUUCUCA